UCGUCACCCCCCGCAUUGCAAUAUACGGCUGCAGAGAUUUUGCAUUCAACAACAUCGCAAUGGCCCACUCGCGCGUCGCCGUCACCUCGGACAAGGCCCCGAAGGCCUUACACCUUCUUAUCUCAAGCCAUUGCGUCGGGAGGCCACAUCUUCUCCUCGGGCCAGGUUGGCACUGAGCCGGCGACGAGCGGCGACCUUGCCGAAGGCACGGCACCAUUCAAGACCGAACUAUGAGCAUUGCACAGACGCAGGGGUGGGACAAUGAGAAGAGACCAUGCUGACGGGAAAUGGCAGAAACGUAUUCUGACGAACAUCCAGGCGGUCUUAGGCGCGGCCGGGGCGACUCUGGGGGAUGCCGUGAAAGUCAACAUCUACUUGGCUGAUAUGUCGCAGUUCGCCGCGGUGAACGCUGUCUACGAGACCUUUUUCCAAAGCCCAAGACCAGCCCGGACGUGCGUCAGCUUCAAGGGCCUGCCCUAUGGGACUGACGUUGAAAUGGAGUGCGUUGCCAACGCGGUGGCGAAGGCCUGAGAAGACUUUGAGAAAGACUAUAGAUAGACACUCGGCGAGGAAAUCCCACUCGGUCGAUGUUUUACUGAGUGCUAAUGGUUGCCC